AUGUUUAUUCUUCUCUUACUCGUUUAUCUCGUUUCAUCUAUUAACGCUGCAUCGAUUGUAUCUCGCUCGCAGUCCCACCCAUUAUCUCAGCCAGCAGUGCUUGGCCCAAAAACUAGGAUAACCAUAGGUAAUAAGGUCAUCGCUCCUGAUGGUUUCGAACGCCCAGCAACUGUAGUUAACGGCAUAUUCCCUGGACCUUUGAUUGCAGCUCAGAAGGGAGAUGACUUUGCCAUCGAGGUGGUCAACGAGCUCAAGGACGAAUCAAUGUUCAAGAGUACCAGUGUCGUAAGCAUCACUCAAUUAUCCAUGUUGUCAUUGAUCGACCUUGUUUACUGCAGCACUGGCACGGUAUCUUCCAAAAUGGGACGAAUUAUGCCGAUGGGACAUCAUUCGUCACACAAUGCCCCAUUGCGCAAAACCACUCUUUUUUACAUUCUUUCUCCGCUCCGAACCAGGCAGGCACCUUCUGGUAUCAUAGUCAUUAUUCCGUCCAAUAUGAAAUGUGAUGGCCUGAGGGGACCCCUGGUAAUCUAUGACCCCCAUGACCCUUUGGCACAUAUGUACGAUGUCGACGAUGCGAGUACCGUAAUCACACUUUCCGACUGGUAUCACGUUGUGGCCCCGGUCUUACGCCACAUCAUAGGUACGACCGCCAACUCCUCGCUUAUCAAUGGACUCGGCCGAUAUGCUGGCGGACCCAUGUCUGAACUCGCUGUGAUCAGUGUCGAGCAGGGAAAGCGUUACCGCAUGCGCCUGGUUUCAACGUCGUGCGAUCCAAACUUCUAUUUUUCCAUCGAUGGCCACAACUUAACCGUCAUCGAAGCGGAUGGACAGCUGACUGAACCCCUGCUAGUAGAUGAGCUCCGGAUAUUCGCGGGUCAGCGCUACUCUGUGGUUUUGGUAGCUGAUAAGCCGGUGGAUAACUACUGGAUACGCAAUCUUCCUGAUAUAGUACAUGCGUCCUAUGAGGGAGGAACGAACUCUGCAAUCCUGCGCUACCAAGGCGCCCCCGAUGUCGAUCCGACUACGGUCAAUACUACAUCCGCGAACCCAUUGAAAGAGACCGACUUGCAUGCGCUGAUCAAUCCCGGCGCUCCUGGCAUUCCGGAGUAUGGGAAAGCUGACAUCAACCUCAACCUCUCGGUGACCAGCGAAGGUGGAAUAUUCUAUGUCAAUAAUGGUGUCAGCAAUGUCACAUUCCAACCCCCCAAUGUUCCUGUUCUGCUCCAAAUUCUCAGCGGAGCUCAAGAACCGUCUCAGCUACUUCCAAAUGGGAGUGUCAUCGUUCUAGAGGCUAAUAAAGUGGUGGAGUUGACGUUGUCAACUACUGGUGCAGGUGGACCCCAUCCCAUACAUCUUCAUGGACAUUCCUUCGAUGUCGUACAGAGCGCAGGCAGCAAAACCUUCAAUUAUGCGAAUCCCGUUCGCCGCGAUGUGGUAAGCGCCGGCAGCAGAGGGGAACAUAUGGUGAUCCGAUGGACGACCGAUAAUUCUGGUCCCUGGUUCUUGCAUUGUCACAUUGACUGGCACCUCGAUGCUGGUUUUGCCGCGAUAAUGGCGGAAAGUCCCUCAGAUACCCGCGCACACUUGAACACCGUGCCACAAGAAUGGCAUCAGUUAUGUCCGAUCUUUGACUCUCUAACACCCACACAGUUAGGGGGUGGAGGUCGCGAGUCCUAUCAAGAAGCAUCUAGUAUCACCACACUCCUUUUCCCGCCGUCACCCCUCCCUUAG